AUGCCCACUGAAGCUCAGAUCGCCGGCGGCCACAAGGCUAACCUUAACAACCCCAACACUUCUGAGGAGUCCAAGAAGAACUCAAAGGCCGUCCUCGAGAACGAGUUCAACGGCGGCGAUGUCCCCAAGGCCAGCGACAACGAGAACAAGAACCCCGGCAACGUUGCCGGCGGCCUCAAGGCUACCCUGAAGAACCCCAACGUCUCCGAUGAGGCUAAGCAGUCCGCCCAGGAGCGCCUUGACAACAUGUAA